UGCGUUUUGACCCUUUGCAGACGCCGUACUCAAUUUCCUUUGUUGGGCGGGUUUAACUGUCCGGAAGCGGAAACCUCGUUCUUUUUCCGUUCUCUUCGGCUCUCACUCCUGUGCGGACGCCAGAGCCGAGCGCCCGUCGCCAUGCCUCGGAAAAUUGAGGAAAUCAAGGACUUUCUGCUCACAGCCCGGCGGAAGGAUGCCAAAUCUGUAAAGAUCAAGAAGAACAAGGAUAAUGUGAAAUUCAAGGUUCGCUGCAGCAGGUACCUGUACACCCUGGUCAUCACAGACAAGGAGAAGGCGGAGAAGCUGAAGCAGUCCCUGCCCCCGGGUUUGGCAGUGAAGGAACUGAAAUGAACCAGAGCUCUGCGUGUGACUAUUAAAAACCCAGAAAAGUC